CCGUAUCGACGGCCACAUCCUGAAGGGGAAAACAUAGUCACUAAAUGAAGCUGAGUAUGACUAAAAUGCUGCCAUCCCGGGUGAUGCAAACCUUUUCCUCGGUACAAAUAUGGGCGGCUCAAUGGCAACUUACCGUGACCAACUUCGUCGAUAAUCCUACGCGAUCCUCGAUCAUUCCACAAUUCCUUAUUGACUCUCAGCAUCCAUGGAUCGUUACCAACCAACGUCAACUCGAGGGUCUCCCGGAUGUAGAAGCCUUCCUCUAUUCCUCAUUGGAAUCGACUAAAGGGACAGCAGAACACGCAAACUAUGGCAUCGAUAUGCCGCCAGAUCUCUUCGAAUACGUAGAGAUCGACAACAACAGAUGGGGUGUUGACCGUCCAGGUUGGCCGAACGCCCUCGAGAGGCUCCGUGAAAUGAAGCGCUCUCCUCUGGCGAUGGCUCGAGUCAAAACGUUCAAAGUCGAAAUUUGGGUGCAUGACAGCCAGUACGCCGACUGGUACCUGAGGAUGCUUGAGCCUUUACAGCCACCCAAAGAACUCUUGAGCCUGUUUGUAGAUGUUCUUGAGUCCAUGGAAAGCCUCGAAACACUCAAAUGGAAUAUCCCCGUAGAGCAUGGCCAUUGGAUUGAAGAGACCCUUAACGAACGGAAUCUUUCGAUGCCAUCGGUGAAAAGACUGGAUCUUGGUCCUUUCAGUCAUUAUCUAGUAGGAAUGUGUCCAAAUUUGGAAACUCUGGAGCCUGGAGGUCGCUUUGUACGGAACGGGUAUUGGCCACAUUUGGGUGACCCAGUUCCGAUGAUGGUCGAGUCUGCAGGUUCGGCGCCGAAACUCAAGCGUUUUUCAGUCGAGAGUGGAGUGGGUGGAUGGUCCCCGGCGUUCGUUUCUGGUAUCUACAUCCUCUUCUACAUGGCUUUCAUGCCGUUUCCAGCUGCUGAACAGACUCAGAUGUUGUGAGGACGAUGCCACAGAUCGAGAGCCUACAGUUUCAUGGAUCCCUGGAUACAAAAAGCCCACUGUACCCCCCAGGAGAAUAUACUAACGGUGAUGAACUGAAAGAAAUUCUCCACAUCCUGGCUGGCCUACAAAACCUAACGCGGCUCGAUCU